AUGAGAUACGGGGACGUUUUGCUACGUCUAAGCGAUGCAGAGCGUGAGGACCUGCAACUGCUCAUUGCCGCUCUCAGGGUUAGUGAGUACACAGACGAUGUAGACGACAUAAGAUAUUCCCACCGCCGUGAGGAGUGCAUGUGCAAGGCGAUGCGUGAGCUCUUUGACACAACUUUAGGCCUCUAUAUGGCGUCCGGUAAUGUCGCACGAGAGAUGAGAAACGAGAUUGCCAAAGGUAAUGUUAGUUUGGGUUUGACCCUGCACCUCUUGGAAAAGCUGUUCGAAAUUUUUCGUCGUCACAAACGACUCAACCCCUUUAGCAACAGGAGUGAAUUUGGCAAAUUGACAAUGCUCCUUCAGGAUAUUCAGCGGCGUUCCGUGAAGGAUCGACUGCGCAUAUCCAGGAGUCUGAUACGUCCUGUGCAAACAGUUGGGGCAGAGCUUCGAGCGGUUGGCGCUGAGGCAUUGCUCGGUGAUCCGGGUGUGGAGACCUAUCUAAACUCUUCUGGGGAGAAAAGAGCUGAGAUUUUCCAGCGAUUGAUAGAUCAUUACGGGGCUGCCAACCAUAGUGCCGUCGUCGAACGCUGUCUGCGUUCUAUCGAUGACGUCCAUCAGUUUAUUGAAGGCAAUGUUAAGCCGCUUCAAUGGAUGCGGCAUGUCAUCCGUACAGAGUUUUUUCGAUUGGAACCCCAAUCCAAGCACAACCUCUCCAUCCGUGCAGGCGUAGGUGGCGCGAAGUUUUCUCACGAUCACAGACGCCAAUGCCAAUAUGUUAUGGAAUCCCUCACAUUGUGGGAAAAUGUGCAGCGCAACAUUUUCGAGUUCUGGCAGGUUUCAGAGGAUGAUAUGCUGAUUGAGGGCGAGGGCUUCUACUCGUUCACGAACACCGGUCAAGGGUUUCACCGUAUGUGCCGCGCACCAAGGAGCUACGCGCGCAUGGAAAGGUGUGUGAGCGAGGCAGAUCGUGAGAUGGGUGGGUGGGUUGGGAUAAAGGUAAUUCAUUUAGGUGACCGUGACGUCCCUAACCCGCUGGUGUUCAUUGACAAGUAUACCGUGAUUCCUCGCAUUGUACAGCCGAUAAUGCACACUGUUACAGCCCUUGAGCGUAUAUUUUCCCCAGACACACCGGAGGAGCACCCAGGUAUUCGUAACCUGCUGCGGACCAAGUAUAACUCGUACGAGGAACUCCGAAUGACGAUACUGUCGGACUUCUUUCGUCAUGGAUUUGACGGGUCUGGUGACGAUGGAGGAAGCUGCAUUGACGGAAGGCUGACUUCGGCGUGGAACUGGUGCCAUCAACUAGAAAAGAAGAACUUUUACGAUGCCUUUGUUCUCACAGGGUUCAAUGGAUUUGACUGA